UCUGCAAUUACCUAAAACCUAAGCCGACCUCAAUUGAGAACCGGAACGAGCAAAACAAGUACCUCACGAAAACGUCAACAUGUCUAAGUUAUUACAUCCCACCAACAAUGGCGAACGGUAUGAAUUGACCAAUCCGACGGCCAUGCCCAAAGCAGAUGGCUUUCUGUGGAACCAGAGCAUGAUGAUACAAGUUACUUGUCGCGGUUACGCCACCUCCCAAUACAUGCAGCCCGAGCCAGCCAAGUACGCCCACGCACCCAACCUAGAAGCAAAGACCUUUAUGCAGCCUGAGAAGAACUACUACGCACACCACCCGGGUCGAUUUGUUUACAUCAAGGAUGAGGAGACAGGUCAGCUGUUCUCUGCCCCCUACGAACCAGUACGCAAGCCGGUGGACCGAUUUGUUUUCUCGGUAGGAAAGAGCGACAUUGCCUGGACAGUGGAAAACUUGGGAAUUCGGGUUGAGAUGACCUUGAGCCUCCCUACACAUGAUGUAGCGGAAUUAUGGACUAUCAAGGUAACCAACGUCUCCGGUCAUCUGAGAAAGAUUAGCGUGUAUCCGUACUUUCCAAUCGGGAUCAUGUCGUGGAUGAAUCAGUCGGCCGAGUUUCGCGAGGAUCUGGGGGGUGUGGUAGCUAGCAGCGUCACUCCGUAUCAAAAAGCAGAAGAUUACUUUAAGAAUAAGUUCUUUAAGGAUAAAACAUACUUCAUGUGCGAAACUUCGCCAGAUUCUUGGGAGACCAUGCAGCAAGCUUUCGAAGGAGAAGGCGGGUUACACAACCCUUCCUCGUUAUUGGAAUCCGAAUUGGGACGAGGGGACGCGCGAUAUGAAACCGCAAUAGCCGCGGUACAGUAUCGCAACACAUUAGAAGCAGAUGAAGCGCGCGAGUAUCGCUUCUUGUUCGGCCCUGCCUUUGAUAACGCAGAAAUACGCGCCAUGUGUAGCAAGUACUUAAGCAAAAAGGGGUUUGCCGAAGCCGCACGCGACUACGCGGGGUAUAUCAGUAAGGGGCGUGGAUGCCUUCAAAUCACCACACCUGAUAAGGAUUUGGACAACUUUGUCAACCACUGGAUGCCACGACAGGUGUAUUAUCAUGGCGAUGUGAAUCGACUGACCACCGAUCCGCAAACUCGGAACUAUCUGCAAGAUAACAUGGGAAUGAGCUAUCUCAAGCCCGCGGUAACUCGCGCAGCGCUUCUCACUGCUCUCUCGCAACAGGAGGCCAAUGGAUCUAUGCCAGACGGGAUUCUGUUAUCAGAAGGUGCAGAAUUGAAAUACAUCAACCAGAUACCCCACACUGAUCAUUGCGUGUGGUUACCUGUGACCCUAGACGUAUAUCUAGCCGAGACGGCCGACUAUGGGUUGCUGAAGCAGUCUAUUCAAAUCUCGAAUGGCAAAACCUAUACCGUCUUCCAGUGUUUUUCUCGUGCCAUGGACUGGCUUCUUUCAUCUCGCGAUGAUCGGGGUCUAAGUUACAUUGCGCAAGGGGAUUGGUGCGAUCCCAUGAAUAUGGUGGGGGUAAGACUUUCUCUAGCAACUAUGUCAAUAUUACAGUGCUAAUCUCCUACAGUACAAAGGUAGGGGUGUUUCUGGCUGGUUAACGUUGGCUACCGGAUAUGCGCUAAAUUUAUGGGCAAAUGUCUGUGAGCAUAUAGGUGAUGCUGAAACAGCAGCUCACUACCGGUCCGAAGUCCUUGAAGUAAAUGCAGCUGCCAAUGAAUACUUUUGGGAUGGCGAUUGGUUUGCGAGAGGCAUAACCGAUGACGGCGUGAUUUUUGGUACCAAAAAGGAUGUCGAGGGUCGAAUCUGGCUCAAUCCGCAGUCAUGGUCGAUUAUGAGCGGCGCAGCAACCGAGCAACAACGAGUGAAAAUGAUAUCGGAGAUUGAAAAACAAUUGGACGCGCCAUACGGAGUUGCCAUGUUUGGGCCGCCAUAUAGCAAGAUGCGUGAAGACAUUGGACGAGUGACCCAGAAAUAUCCAGGGUCGGGAGAAAAUGCAUCCUUGUACAAUCAUGCAGCUGUUUUCUAUGUCUUUAGCUUGUACAGUAUUGGGGAGAGUGACAGGGCAUAUGAGAUAUUGCGAAAGAUGCUGCCUGGACCAUCCGAGGAGGACUAUCGCCAGCGCGGUCAGCUACCCGUCUAUAUUCCAAACUAUUACCGCGGUGCAUGGCGCGAAUAUCCUCGUACUGCAGGGCGCUCGAGUCAAUUGUUUAAUACAGGCACCAUGCCAUGGGUCUACCGCUGCUUUGUUGAGGGGCUCUGUGGACUUCAUGGAGACGACCAGGGCCUUCGAAUCCGGCCACAACUCCCUUCGGCGUGGGAUGGUAUCAAAGUCACUCGACUCUUCCGUGGUGCUAUAUUCAAAGUAGAUAUCCGUCGAACGGAUGUGAAAGAAGUGACUGUCAAGCAGGACGGCAAACUCCUUUCCGAGCCCCGAAUAACAUGUAUCAAGUCAGGCACCGAGUACAAAUUGUCGGUAGCGGUACCAAAGAUAAAACAAUUGAAUGGAGGUCAUAAUUUUGCUUCAUAUUGCAAUGGUUUGCGGAAUUAGAUGAUGGUUGGAAGCCCGAUAAAGGAGGCCAUGAAAAGCAUCAGAUGAGAAGUUCGUUGGUCUUGUUUCAGUCAAAAAGAUGAGCCUUCUGGAGACGAUGGAGAUUUCAUGUUCAACCAUGAGAAUAGAUGCGUCUUG